GCCAUGCGCGGCUUCUCCCCGGAGCAGCAGAAGCGCCUGGCCGCCAGCCUGGUGCGCGUCCUCGACCUCUACCGGCCGCUAACGGACGCCUACGUCAUCGAGUUCUUCGCGGAGGACCUGUGGGGCCGCCUCCCCCGAAGCUGGCAGGCGGCGCUGGGCCGGCUCUCCCCGCCGGAGGUGGCGGCGCUGCUGCUGCGGAGGGGCGAGCCCGCCCGCCGUCGCCCGGUGUGGCCGCUCUCGCUGCUGGCCUUCCGCGCCACCGCGCACGCCCUGGCUUUCCCCCGCCGACCAGCCGCCGCCGCCGCCGCCCGGGAGCCCCCGCUGCCGCCCCGCUUCCGCAAGCACCUGCGGCCCAAGAAGCAGCACGAGGUCCGGCGGCUGGCGCAGGUGGUGCAGCGGCUGAGCGAGCGCACCGGGUGCCGCCGGGUGGUCGACGUGGGCGCCGGGCAGGGCCACCUCUCCCGCUUCCUGGCCUUCGGGCUGCAGCUGUCGGUGACGGCCGUGGAGGGAGACCCCCAGCUGGUCGCUCAGGCCGCCAAGUUUGACCGGGCGCUGGCGCUGGAGCUGAGCAAGGAGCAGGCCAGGCGGCAGGCUCCAGACGGCGCCUCCGUCCAGGGGCCGAAGCACGUGGUGGGCUGGGUCAGUCCCCACUCUUCUUGGCCCGAGUUUGUGGAGCUGCUGCACUCGGACGAGGCUGAAGGGAAGGCCGCUGCGGGAGACGGGAGUCCACGGGGAGCAGCCUUGGGUCAUCACCCCACCGUGCCUUGUGAGCUGAGGGAAACUGAGGCUCGGAAGGGAGGUGCAGACUGUGGGGAGGAUGGCCCAGAUUCCCGGGAGCAGAAGUCGCCACCCCGCCUCCAAGCACAGCACCCGCAAGGGACGCUUUUGCUCACUGGCCUGCAUGCCUGCGGGGACCUCAGCGCGACCCUCCUCCGGCUCUUUGUGGCCUGUCCCCACAUUGUCGGCAUCACUUCGGUGGCCUGCUGCUACAUGAAGCUGAGCACCGGGGAGGGCGCCCGGCCCGGCUACCCCCUGAGCAACUGGGUGGCCGGUCUGCCCGGCCACCAGCUCUCCUACAAGGCCCGGGAAGGGGCUUGCCACGCCAUGGAGGACUACAUUCUGCGGCUGGAGCAGGACAGUCCUUCGCUGAAGACGCACUACUUCCGGGCCAGGCUGGAGACCGUGAUCCGGGCCAUCGACCCCACCAAGAAACGCCUUGGGGUGCAGGCUAUUCCCAAGACUGACGAGAUGACUUUUGAGCAGUAUGCGCGCCGGGGACUGGAGCGUGUCGGGAUGAGUCCCAGUGGACCCCUGGAGGCAGCCUCUCUAGCCGAGCAGCAGCGAGUGGUGGUCUUCUUCAGCCUCGCUCUCCUGCUGGCCCCCUUGGUGGAGACCCUUAUUCUCCUCGAUCGGAUGAUUUACCUGCAGGAGCAAGGUUUCCCGUGCGAACUUGUCCCUCUCUUUAACCCAGCGCUCUCUGCCAGGAACCUGGUGCUGGUGGCUGCCAAGGUGCCGCCCUCCGACCUGUGGGGCCUGGCCGCAGGGAACUGAGGAGGAUCCUGCCCUAGAUGGGUCUUCUCAGUGUCUUGAUGCAGAAGAAGCGGAAGGAGUGGACUUGGCCUUAUAGUCCCCCGCUGCACCCCAGCCAAGCAAGCCCAUGGACCAACCCUUUGGAGGAGGACGAAGGAGCAGGCCGUA